AUGGCUCAGCAAAAUGCUAUAAGAUAUCACAGCGGAUUCUCUCCAGUAGAUAUACUUCUCGAUGGUGGGCUCAAACGUGGAUUUGUCCUUGAAUUGUCAGGCCCGCCUGGGACAUGCAAGGAAAGUUUGGCUCUCGGCAUGGUCCAGGCAUUUGCCAAAAAUAAUCAAAAUGUUUUGUUUGUGGGUGACGCCCCCGCUCCCUCUUCUCCUCGGCAGUACUCGGAUAUGAUUCUGUUCAUGACGCUGCAUACGCUUCCAGAUCUGAUGGUUUUCCUUCACAAACUCCCAUGGUAUCUCGACGAGCAUCCGAGGGUAGUUGUCACAACUCAGCUCUCGACCAAGCUGCUAAACGUCGACGGUUCUCCCGCAACCUUCGACACUGGCGCUAGGGCCAUAAUGAUGCCGCAACCGUGUACGUCA